ACGUGCAGAGCGAGACUCGCGGCGGACGGAGCGAGGUUUCCUGGCGGAGCUGCGAGGGUUGGGGGAGCCUUGCCUGCCUGGCGCUUCUGUCUGCGUCUGUCUGCUCUGGUGGCACCGAAAAAACCCGCCUUUUUUUCCCUCCCGGCCGGGCUCAUCACACCGUCCUCCCGGUACUCGCCUCAGCAGAGGCCAUGGCUGCUCCGCGGUCCCCCCGCUGCUGUUAGACCCGGACCCGCAGAUGCUCCCGCAGCCGUAGAGGAGGAGACGGAGACGGAGGAAGAGGAGGAAGAAGAGGAGGAAGAGGAGGAGGAGGAGGGGGUAGGGAGGCAAUCCCUGUCAGCCCUCCGACUACCAGGUGAAAUAAUUACUACGGCUGACUCACUCCUGGAGCGCCUGAACACAGAAGAAGCAGAAGAAGAAGAGGUUUAAGAGCGCGCCAGAAACACUGUGAAACAAGGAGAGACAGAGGAGGCGUGGAGUGGUCUGAGGGGAUAGGAGGCAAACGACAGCAAGGACACUCAGGUCGGGUCAGCAGGAAAGGGAAAGUGAUAUUUGGAAGGAAAGAGAGAACCAUACGAAGUAUCAGACCGCUGGAAAACGAGCGAGGGUGUAGAAAGGUUGGGAGGUUGAGCUGUCUGACCGUAAGCUGACUGAGUUUAGGAAAAACCCACCACCCCUCCAACAACUGCCCCUUCACGGUCACCACACUGGGAGAACUGGGAGAACUGGUGUUGAGGAGAAGCCACCAUGAGCGACCAGAACGUCGUCAAGGAAGGCUGGGUCCAGAAAAGAGGAGAGUACAUAAAGAACUGGCGACCGCGCUACUUCCUGCUGAAGACGGAUGGCUCUUUCAUCGGCUACAAGGACAAACCACAGGACUCGGACCUGGCCUACCCACUCAACAACUUCUCUGUAGCAAAAUGUCAACUGAUGAAGACAGAACGCCCCAAACCCAACACGUUUAUCAUCCGCUGUCUGCAGUGGACUACCGUCAUCGAGAGGACCUUUCAUGUGGACACUCCUGAUGAGAGGGACGAGUGGGCUGAGGCCAUCCAGAUGGUAGCAGAGUCUCUGGCUAAGCAGGAGGAGGAGGGCAUCCUGUGCAGCCCGACUUCCCAGAUCGAGAACGUCAACGAGGAAGAAAUGGACACCUCCAUCAGCCACUACAAAAGAAAGACAAUGAAUGACUUUGACUAUCUGAAGCUUCUGGGCAAAGGCACUUUUGGAAAAGUCAUUCUGGUGAGGGAGAAAGCGAGCGGCACCUACUACGCCAUGAAGAUCCUGAAGAAGGAAGUCAUUAUAGCCAAGGAUGAAGUUGCUCACACACUCACGGAAAGUAGGGUAUUAAAAAACACUCGGCAUCCAUUCCUAACUUCUCUGAAGUACUCGUUCCAGACGAAGGAUCGGCUGUGUUUUGUAAUGGAGUAUGUCAAUGGAGGAGAGCUAUUUUUCCACUUGUCAAGGGAGAGGGUGUUUUCAGAGGACCGCACCCGUUUCUACGGCGCCGAGAUCGUUUCUGCUUUAGACUACCUGCAUUCUGCCAAGAUUGUCUACCGUGAUCUUAAGCUGGAAAACCUCAUGUUGGACAAAGAUGGACACAUCAAGAUAACUGACUUUGGCCUCUGUAAAGAAGGCAUCACUGACACUGCCACCAUGAAGACCUUCUGUGGAACACCGGAGUACCUGGCUCCCGAGGUAUUGGAGGACAACGAUUAUGGGCGGGCGGUGGACUGGUGGGGUUUGGGUGUCGUGACGUACGAGAUGAUGUGCGGCCGCCUGCCGUUCUACAACCAGGACCACGAGAAGCUGUUUGAGCUCAUCCUCAUGGAGGAGAUCAAGUUCCCACGAACCCUGUCGGCCGAUGCCAAGUCGCUUCUCUCGGGGUUGCUCAUCAAGGACCCCAACAAACGGUUGGGCGGUGGACCGGAUGACGCUAAGGAGAUCAUGCGACACAGUUUUUUUGGCACAGUCGACUGGCAGGACGUCUACGACAAGAAGUUGGUCCCUCCCUUCCAGCCCCAGGUCACCUCAGAGACAGACACGCGCUACUUCGAUGAAGAGUUCACAGCACAGACCAUCACCAUCACUCCGCCAGAAAAAUAUGACGAGGACGGGAUGGACGCGGCGGACAACGAGCGAAGGCCUCAUUUCCCACAGUUCUCCUACUCAGCCAGUGGGAGGGAGUGAGCGCUCCGACCCAAUCAGCCAGUAUCGUCCCCAUUCGUGGCCAUUUUGAGGAAAACGCGUAGCCAUUCUAGGAAAAAAAAAAAAAGAAAAAAAAUACCAGUCUCCCCUCUUUUUCUUCUUGUCUGCCUCCUUGCAGAUGGGGAGAAGUCUUUUUAGGGACUUUAAAAGAGGUUUUUGCACAGUGGGAUAGACUCCAGCCUGUCUCCCCACACUAAAAAAAGUCUCCUACAUUUUCAGCGCUAUUUACUGCAGAAGGCAAUGUUUUUUGUUAUUUAUUUUUUUCUCUUCAUCGGUAUUUACAUUGUCGACCUAGGUUGCGUUCAUCUUUUUUUUGUUCGUUUUUUUUUUUUUCUUCCCUCCUUCUUUUGACUUUUUGCACUUGAUUUGGAAGAGCCGUUUUAGGGAACAAAAAACCAAAAAUGUUGCCUUAUGUGUGCAGAUGUUUCGUAUCAUACCAACAGGGUGUUUUCUGUUUGUUUCUGUUCGUUAGUUUGUUU